UGGCGAAUGUUGGUUGGUUAAAUUUUUUCUAUUAGUUUUUAAAGUGAUUCUAUUGGAGUAAACAUUUAUAUUAUACAUCACUAAAUAGCUAUUGUGGCAAUAUUUUUGAAGCAGUAAGGCAAAAAAUAGCUGAAGCAAAUUAAAAAUAAAAUGACUGGCUAUUUUCCAAUACUAGCUGUUUGCAUUUCCUUUUUAAUAGGAAAUUCCAUUUCUACACCCGAUGAUUCAGAUCAGUUGAGUUCUGUUAAUAUUGGUACUCAAUUGAUGAAGAUAGCUAUUAAUAUUCUAAAGCCGAAUAAUCACAUACUAAAUCAGACGGAAAGCAAUCACACCAAGGAUAGUAAUGUUCUCACACUAUUGUUAAAAUUAGGCAUAAAAUUAUUAGUGCCUGAUGAUUCCACACAAAAUCAGACGGAAAGAAAUCACACCAAGGAUAGUAAUGUUGUUAUACAAUUGCUGAACUUAGGCAAACAAUUAUUAGUGCCGAAUGAUUCCACACAAAAUCAGACGGAAACAAAUAACAAGGAGGGUGGUAGUAAUGUUGUUAAACUAUUGCUGAAAUUAGGCACAAAAUUAUUAGUGUCUGAUUCCACUCAAAAUCAGACAGAAACAAACGGAAUAAAAAAUAUUAUUGCUCUCGGUUCACAAAUGUUAAACUUGGUCAAAAAAAUUCCAGAACCACAAUAAUAAUUCUACAUUAAAUUGGAACAAGAAGUUUGAUGAAAAAAAAAAAUGUUUAAUAUUUUAAAACCUCAUUUAAAUCUUCAAAAUAUGUUCAUAUUUUUGUUGUACUAAUAAAUAAUUAUUUUUCAAAAAUCA